GAUCGCCUUAGGAACACUCGUAUGAUCGUGUCCUGGUAGAUCAUCCGCUUUACUUUACCUUCCAUUCUUUUCUUCGUGACGCCCCAGAGGCUGUCUUCUUGAUUCCGUUCUUUGCACAUAAUACCAAUUCAUCACAGUCCUUUGAAAGGUUUUUCUUAUUCAUUCAUUCAUUCUUGCUUCUGGAAAGCCGAAUCGACAUCAUGUACUUUGGACGUGCUUGCGCGGCCCUGUUGGGUCUUUCGUCGCUCGUUGCAUCAGCACCAACUGAUGAGUCGCAUGCGUUGGCGUCUAGGAGGGGAUUGAAGUGGAAGCCACGACGAACCCCUCUUACGAUCGAGCAGAUAGUACAGGAGACGAACAUCAUCAUCGUUGAAGACAACAAGGCAGAGUUAGACGCUUUACAGAAGCUAGCCGAGCGGCAAUUUGCCCAGCUCGUCCAGGCCGAAGUUGCCUUAAUAACUCAGCUGGAAAGUAUCAAGAAUAAUAUCCGAGUUAACCAUUUUAAGGCUCGCUUCUCGCAAGUAAACAUUGUAAUUGUUACAGUAUCGACCUUAAUCGAUGCUCGAGCCGAGAAGGGUAGCCAAAAGAGGUACAUGGUAAACCAGGCGGUUGUUGAUAACGGCAAGCCUGAAAAUCAGAUCAUGGUCAUGGUCUCAGAUGCGCAAACCAUGACUAUCGGCGCAUCGAAGACAGUCGGCCUCGCAGGGGUCCAAGCAGCCAGCGCCGUCACUAAACCAACGGCGGUACCUGCCCUCGUAGGCGCCGAUCCUGCCGCGCCAUACGGAAAGGCGAAUCAGAGCUUGAUCCUCCCUAUCGGCGCCAAAGCGCCGGCGAUCGAUCUCGUCUUCGUCGACCCAGCUGCCAUCAUCUUGCCGAAUCAGAAGGAUCUAUUCGUUGAGAGCACGGAUACCUUCCUCCAGGACUGCGGUUUCUACCAGUCAAACGGCAACGCCUUUGCCAAUUUAGGCUCCCAACUGUUCACGUCGUUUGAGCAGAUCACAGUCGUGAACGGUGAUGUUUCGAUCGUGAAGCAGAAGCAGGAGGUUAAUAUCGUGGCGCCAAUUGCAUAGGCCAGAGCGAAUAGGAUCGAAAGGAUAUUAGCAUAUAUUUAUAUUUAGAUACCCAUGUGCAUACAUAGACCUUUAAGCAUAUUGCUCUGUAGGUCUGGAGACUAUUAGUUGAGGAGUUCGACUAAGCGAGAGAGGCGGUAGCUUGGGGGUGAAUAGGAAUAGGUCUAAAGGGGGUUGCACUUUGCACGAGCCCUCUUACUAGAGAGGCUUAUAUUUUCGUACCUUUCUCUAC